AUUUUGUUAUUAGCGUCUUCAUUCGAUCUCCUUCUCGAACCUUCUCUCACCUCCCGAAUUCAAUUCAUUCAUGGAGACUGAGUCUGUGUCUGAGUUCGAUCCAUGGAGCUAGCUUCCAAAUUAGGGUUCCUACUCCUGUCCACAAAUUCAGAAAUCGAUGGCGGCCGUGAAUCCACCACAGCCUCUGCAGUUCGAGGACCCUGCGAUACCGCUCGACGACGACGACGGUGCUGCCGGUGAUGAUGAUGAUGCUAUGGAUGAGUUGGAGGAGGCGGAUGUCAAUCCAGUGAGCGUUGCAGUGAGUGCGAAUCACGAAGCAGUUGUUUUGCCUUCGCGUACUAGUGAGCUCACUCUCUCUUUUGAGGGUGAGGUUUAUGUCUUUCCCGCUGUCACACCUCAGAAGGUGCAAGCCGUUUUGCUGCUUUUGGGAGGACGUGAUGUGCAGGCAAGCAUGUCUACAGUUGAAGUACCACUUGAUCAAAGUAACAGGGGGACGGAUGGCAAUCCAAAGCGUUCAAACCUUUCACGAAGAAUAGCUUCCUUGGUCAGGUUCCGUGAAAAACGCAAGGAAAGAUGUUUUGACAAGAAAAUUAGGUACACCGUGAGAAAAGAGGUGGCACAGAGGAUGCAUCGGAAGAAUGGCCAGUUUGCAUCCUUGAAGGAAGGCCCAGGUUCAUCUAAUUGGGAUUCUGCUCAGAGUUCUGGUCAAAAUGGCACUCCUAAUUCUGAAUCUCUACGUAGAUGUCAACAUUGUGGUGUCAGUGAAAAUAACACUCCUGCAAUGCGCCGUGGCCCUGAUGGACCUAGAACUUUAUGCAAUGCAUGCGGCCUUAUGUGGGCUAAUAAGGGGACACUCAGAGUUCUCAGGAAAGGAGGAAGAAGUAUUUCUGUUUUGCAAAGUGAACCGGACCUUUCUAUUGAUGUCAAGCCUACUGUUCUUCCAGGGGAAUUGCCUGUCAUCCAAGAUGAGCAAGGUAUUUCUGAAGAUCCUUCUGAGGCCGUUGCUGCUGAAGUUUCUAACAAUCGUGCUGUGAACCCCGGUGAUGAGGGUGAUUUACUUGUUCAGGAAUUGCCUGAAUCUGCAGAUCACUUUAAGAACUCUCUGCCACUGGAUAUUAGUCAUUCUUCGCCAAAUGAUGAUGAGCAGGAACCUCUGGUUGAACUUUCUAAUUCUUCAGACACAGAUAUUGACAUUCCUGGAAGCUUUGAUUAAAAGGUCCCAAGAGAUUCAUCACGUCUGUGAUUUUAUACAGGCUCUCUGUAAUAUAUUGUUCAUGUACUAAUAAGAUGCACAGAUCUAGAAGCAGUGAUACAAGACAAUUAAGAAAAUUUGGGUUAUGACCAAAUUUAACACUCACAAAUGGAAUGGCCAUUCUCUGAUGAGCAAGUGUAGAGAAGCUCUGCUGUUCCCGCCUAACAUUAAGGAGUCUGCAAUAUUGUUUGUGUAUAUGUCAUCCGUUGAUCUUCCUUGACUGUUUAUAUCAUGAAAUACUAAUUAGCUAGGGCUCAUGUUAAUAAAAUGCCCCUGACUCUGAUAAUUUAGUUCAGAUCAAAGCAUUGAGACAAUAAAUCUAAGAGAUGAAACUAUGGCGAUAUGCUGUGCCACUCAAUGGAUCAAAGCAUUGAUACCAUAGAAAUAGACUUGUUUCGAACUUCUGUACAUGUACUUGUAAAUAAAUAUAGUUUGUCUUA